AUGGCUUUUCAUAAGGAGGAUGUUGAGAGCAUUAUAAGUAUUCCACUGGCUAAAUCUGAGCAGGUGGAUAGGUGGCACUAUGACAAAGAAGGAGGUUAUACUGUUAGGAGUGGUUAUAGGGUGGCAGUAAGCAUGCAGAAUAAAUGUUCUAAUUUUAGUCCCGAGGGCAAUAUUAGAUGGUGGAAGUUAAUUAGUAGAGGCAUGGAUAUUAAUUGUAAUUGUAUGUGCUGUAAGAAUUGCCCAGAAACAGUUAUGCAUACAGUUUGGUUCUGCAGGAAGGCCAGGGAAGUAUGGGAUAUGUGGCCUGUUGUGCGUAAAAUUUGCCCUAAGAAGGAUUGGAAUUCUAAAAAUCUACUGCUUCAGGCUUAUUCAACUCUAAAUAAGCAUGACUUUAGUAUUUUUAUGAUCAUCCUGUGGCUAAUUUGGCAUAAUAGGAACUGUUUGUUAUUUGGAAGGCAGGGGAAGACUGCGAGUCAAGUUCCUGAUUGGGCUAUGGCUUAUGCUGAGGAAUAUAUGGGGAAGGAGUUGAAGAAGAGUCAGGACCCUAGUUCAGGAAGUAUUCACAGGAGAGGAUCUGAUGAUGCAAGAUGGAUACCUUCAAGAGAAUACUCCUUCAGUGUUAAUGUGGAUGCCGGGUUUAAUAAGCAACAACAGGUGUUUAGUUCUGGAGCGGUUAUCAGAAACUGGAGAGGAGAAGUUGUUAUUGCUGGAAGCAGGAAGUAUGAAGGUAUGGUGGAUGUGCAGAUUGGGGAAGCUAUUGCAAUCCGAGAUGGUUUAUCCAUGGCUUUAGAGGCUAAUCUAACUCCCUUUAGCAUUAAAUCUGAUGCAAAGGUAGUAGUGGAUUUCUUCAACAACAAACAAAAGUCUUGGAAUGAAGUUGCUCUCUUAAAAGAAGACUGUGUGAGGUUAGCUAGCAAUUAUCAAUGUACUGGGUAUCAGUUUGUAAGCAGAAAUGCUAAUAAAGUGGCUCAUUUUUUAGCUAGGAGAGCCCUUCAAGGGAGUGAGUUUCAGAAUAUAUGGGUGGAGUAUGUUCUCCCUGAGAUUCUUCAAUUUGUAUUGGCUGAUUACAGCUUAGGCCAUGUUUGGUUCAUGGAAUAG